GCCGCCACGGCCCUCGCCGUGUGCCGCGCCGCCGGAUGAGGACGUGCUACAACAGAGCUGGACGGUUCGUCCGCAGCUGCAGAGCUAGGUCUCCUACCUCGAACCUACCAAUAUCGAAAAAGGUACACUACGAUCAUGGCAAUAUGAAGUUGCAACCGCUGAGCAGUUUGAUGCAGAUGCUCUUAUCCAGAGGAGUUGCUAUGCUUUCACUGAGUCCUAGCUAUGGAUUGGCGAAGCUUGCGGUUGAGUAUAACAUCUGCUUUGAAGUUGUUACAUAUGAUACAUUGAUGAUAUGCAGGAUCAUGGUUGCUCAAGCGAUCUACCUUACACUGGCAAUCAAUAGUGUCCUUAUAUUGAAGGCUUAUUGUUUCUAAAGAAGAGGAAAACAAAUAAUAAAUAGACUAUCAUGUUGGUCGUUAUCCCUUUUAUUUUAGAUUUCUGUUUCAGAUCUUUAUGAUUGUGUACCCAAUCAAGUUACAUGCACUAUAUUUUUCAUGUUGCAAAAUGAUCUUAAACUAAGUCUGCUUUGAUGAUAUUCAAGCUAGGGAGGUAGAAGCAAGUAAGGUAAAUAAGACAGGCAGUAGUAAACAAAUCUACCGUCAGUCUUUCCUGGCACUGCCAUCUUAGAAUAUUUACUUCAACCUAUGGAUAUAAAGGGAUUCAUGGACAUGAUAAUGCACAAAGGCAGUUGUUGUUAUAAGAAGAACCAUUGGUCUUAUUAUUAGCAUGCUGAAGCCAGAGUUUCAUGAAAAUUUUAGAAUAUUUACUAGUUUGUUGUU